AUGUCAAUAGACUCGACGCUCCCCGAACGGCCAUCAGUGUACUGGCGCAACAGCCGGGACGAGGAGGAGGCCGACGUCGCGGCCGGCAAGGUGCCGCGCGACGAGGCGUUCAUGGCGUCGCUCUUCCCGGACGCGAUGCUCGACCCCCUCGAGCCGAUCGAAGCAGCGUACGAGGCCGACGUGGCGGCGGCCACAGCGACUGGCAACGGCGAGAACACGUACCCCGCCCUCUAUGCCGCCGUCGAGAAGGUCGUCCUCGCGCUCAACGACCUCAACGAGCAGGGCGAGGGCGCGUACAUCGAGACGGGAGAGCGCGAGCGCCUCGCCGAGUGGAUCGAGCAGGUGAUUGAGGCGCGCGGCAUCAGCAUCAACGACAUGGGCCGCGUGCUUGGCUUUGGGUCGGGCGAGAUCACCGACGAGUGGCGCGACUGGUAG